AUGGGGCCCUUUCUGCUGCACGAGCUCCUGCACUACGACGCCGUGAGGGUCCCGGUGGUGGCCUACUUUGUAGAAGGGUCAGUGUGCCUUUUCCACAAAACGGGAGAAAUGGCAGGGACAGCAGUGAAAUAUGAAAGCAUCAGUGAAGGUUUGUGGGCCAUCGAAGAGUUAGAAAGGGCUAACGUAGGGGGUUACUAUAUUUUUGAUGUGACUAAGGACCAUCGAGUUGUGGCGGGGCUGCCUCGUCGACGGUGGGGCGGAAUAGUGUUGACUAUGCCUGACGCACGUAACUAUGAGGGGUGA